AUUUUAAUCACUUGUCGACGAAAUGUUGCUGUUUAUAAUAUUAAAUGCGCUUGUUUUACAAGUACUCAGUAGCGAUCCCAUUAUUAGUCUACCGAAUGGGAAAAUUCGCGGGGAAUACGUUCGAUCGUCGUUGAACAAAAAUUUCAAUUUCUACGCCUAUCAGGGAAUACCUUUCGGAGAGCCGCCUGUCGGGAAAUUGAGGUUUCAAGCUCCUCAACCGGUUAAAAAUUGGGAAGGAAUUAAAGAUGUCAAAGACGGUCGAAUUUCUUGCUAUGAAACGGAUAGAGCAAGUCCAUUCGCUAGGGAAGAUUGUUUGUAUUUGAACGUAUUUACACCAGCUGCUCCAAGUAACCGUACGAAAUUGGAAGUACUAGUUUACAUCUACGGUGGUAUUUUCAUUCAUGGAAAUAUGGGUUAUGGUCACUUAAGACCAUCGUUUUUAAUGGAAGAUGACGUGGUUGUGGUCAAUUUUAAUUACAGAGUAGGUCCAUUUGGAUUCCUCUCAACUCUGGACACUGUAAUGCCGGGCAACAUGGGUCUUAAAGACCAACAACUGGCUUUGAAAUGGGUCCAAAAGAACAUCCAUUUAUUCGGCGGGGAUCCGAAGAAAGUCACCAUAAUGGGCCAAAGCGCCGGAUCAGCUUCUGUUACAUUCCAGCUACUAUCACCCGGAUCAGCAGGCUUAUUCAGAGGAGCUAUAGGAUGCAGUGGCUCAGCCUUGAACGAUUGGGCUAUCCAACCUAAUCCUCUAAACACAGCGUACGGAAUCGCAGCUGAAAUUGAUCCUAAUUUCACCAGAAACAAAUCCACACAGGAGCUGCUGCAUUUGUUACAAACUGCUGAUGUUACAGACAUUACCAAAACAUCCAACAGAUAUCGAACUUUCUCACCGGUGGUUGAAGUCGAACACGAAGGAGCCUUCUUGACCGAACUGAUGUACGGACUUGCGGAAAGUGGAAAAUUCAACAAAGUUCCCGUGCUAAUGGGAUUUAAUUCCGAAGAAUCCCUAAUUAGCGUGAAAGACGCUGACACCUGGAUAGCAUACGUUAAGAAAUAUUACGACAAAGAUCUUCGAACUUUAGUGGAUAACGAUCUUAUCAGCGUCAAUGAUACACUAAAGCGUCAAGUGGGUCAAGUAAUCAAGAGGAUUUACGUUGGUAAUGGUACAUUUGAAGAAGAUCCAGGUAGAGGUCUUCAGCUGAAAAGCGAUAACAGAUUCAUAAGAGGCAUCAUAAAAUUCGCCGAAUUGAUUGCUAAGCACGUUAAGGUGUACUUCUACGAAUUUUCGUACCAUGGAGAUAUAGGAGGAACCAAGUUCUUUUUUAAUGACACCGGGAAAGUAGCUCACGCAGAGGACCAGAGAUAUUUCUGGACGUAUUUCACGAGUUACGACAAAUUCCCCAAGAACGACGUAACGACCGUAAAACGCUACAACAAACUUCUCGUUAAUUUCAUCAAACACUUGAACCCCACUCCCGGCAAAGACGAAUUACUCGAGAACAUAACGUGGCCCACGGUUACCAAUCAGCACUAUUAUUAUUUGGAUUUAGAUACUAACUUGGCCAUUAAGGAAAAUCCGAGAAGCUUCUCCUACAGGAAAUGGGUGGCUAUAUACGAAAAAUACGCCAAAAAACCUUUUGUGUACGGCAGAGACUUCGCUAGACAACUCCUGCUAGGAAAUUCUAAUUACAAAAGAAACACCACCGAGAUGAAAAAUGGGCGAGUUUCUCCAUCUAACGAAGAGGAAUCCUCUCACGGUUGCAGCAAGCAGAAACAAAAACGAUUGGUAAUCAUCGCUCUAGUUACCGGCACAGUUCUGCUGGUGAUCGGAUUAUUUUAUCUGGGAUUUUCCGCCAAAGUGGAAACCUGCGAUACAACGCAAUGCAUUCGCACCGCCUCCGACAUCAAGAGGCACAUCGACAACGACGCCGAUCCCUGCGACGAUUUCUACCGAUACUCCUGCGGCUCGUACCGGCGCCGCGACGACCUCGACGAUCCGCGCAAGAGCGACUGGUCCCAGGAAGAUGCCAGGAAUGAGGAGGUUUUACUACAAAUCAGGUAUGAGAGGAUCAUGAACAAAACGAUCAGGGACAUGCUGCAGGGUCCGGAGGAUUUGGGAGAUCCCAGAUCGUGGAACGCUGCGAAGAGGUUCUAUCGCGCGUGCAUGGACGAGUCGGCGAUCGCCCGCGAGGGAUUAGGGAGGAUGCGGGACGUUCUGAAGUCGAUGGGCGGCUGGCCGACUCUCGCGGGAGACGAUUGGAAAGAGCAGAAGUUCGAUUGGAUGGAGAUGGUGCAUAAACUGAGAGAAUUGGGGUUGAAUUUCGACGUGUUCUUCCGCGUCGCCGUCGAGAGGGACGCCGAGCGCCGAUCCGGAUACGUACUGAGCAUACACGAAAUACCCUACGAUGAGUUGGAGUUUAGUUCCGAAGUGAGUUCCAUGAUCUCUGAAUAUAUGGUCGAAUUAUCCCAACGAUUCGGCGCCGCUCGGUCCAUCGCCAAAAGAGACGCCAAAGAAGUAUUAAGAAUUUAUCAAGAAUUAGCUAAAGAUACCAGAGAGGCGCGUUCACGAUCUCGCUUAUCGGAUUUAGAUGAAAAAUUAACAUUAUCUGAACUACAACGCAAAUACCCCGAUAUCAACUGGCACUCCUACCUAAACGGAUUGCUAAAGCCGUCCGAACGAAUAUCCUACGAAGAGGAAAUCCUCGUCAAACGACCCGAAUACCUAAAAAACAUGGUGUACUUCCUGGGCAUCACUUCAAAAAGGAAUUUAGCAAACAUAAUCUGCUGGCACGCUUUGCAACAGCUAACCAACUACAUGCCGGAGGAAAUCGCCCGGAAGGCGUACGAACUCCUCGAUAGGAUAAACGGGGAAAUGAUAAAUUUCAGAGCGCCGCGAUGGAAAACUUGCGUCACUGAAACCAAAGCGAGACUGAGCCCCGUGCUAAGCGCGGCUUACAUUCAGAAAUUCUUCACCGAAGAGACGAGAGACAAAGCCAUGCAGAUGACGCGAUUAAUCAAGAAGCAAUUCGAGGAGAAUCUACGUAGAAUCGACUGGAUGGAUGAGGAGACCAAGGAGCUGGUUAUUCAAAAAUUGCACGCCAGCGGCGAGCAAUGGGCCUCCGAUUAUCUGUACGAACUGCUGGAGGAGACUAAAGUUUUUGGCGAGGUAGCUUUUAACGAAACUAAAUUUCUGGAUGCGGUUCUUCGUUUUAACCUGGUUAACUUGCAUUUGAACCAAAGCAAACUGAGAAGAGCCUACACAGAGGAUUCCUACAACGACAUUAAUUUCGUAUCCGGCUUAAACGUGAAAUAUUCCCCCACUGAUAAUUUAUUGACCUUCCCAGUCGGCAUAUUCGGCGGCGUCUAUUACCAAAACGACCGGCCCGAGUAUAUGAACUACGGCAUUCUGGGCGCCGUAAUUGCCCGCGAAGUAUCCCAUAUAUUCACGAGGGCGCAACACGGAGAUUCCCCCAGCGGGGAGCUCAGGAGCUGGUGGUCCACUAACAGUCUGGCGAAUUACGCGGAGAAAUCUCGAUGCAUCGCCGAACAAUACAGGCAGGAAUGCCACGCGAAUAUUAUGUGCUCGUCGAAGAUGAACGAGGAGCACAUGGCCGAUUUGACCGGAAUAAAAGUGUCCUAUGAGGCGUACAACGCUUGGAUCCGGGAGCACGGGGCGCAACCGGUGCUGCCGGAUCUGAAGAGAUCCUCGUCGCAGCUUUUCUGGAUAGCGACGGCCAUUAGGUAUUGCUCCAGGGACCAGGCGGGCGGACGUUAUUCCCCAGCGAAAUCGCUGGUGAACGUACCGAUGCGGAACUUGGGCGAGUUCUCGUACGACUUCGGUUGCACCAGAAACACCGCCAUGAAUCCCGAUGUUAAAUGCAAAAUUUGGUAGAUUUUUUUUAGAGAUUAUAUCAAGUACCUA